UGGCCGCUGUCCCAGUCGUCGCCCUACUUUGUCGAAGCCAACUCAGCUCGACACUCGGUUUACACCUCGGUACGACGAGAGAGAAACACGUCCACGCACACGCGCGCACACGUGCACGCGUACAGGGACGGGCCACGCAUACACGCGACGUACGUACGUAGGCCACACACGUACGUAUUACGACGAACUCGGGCAAGAAGGAACGUGAGAAACGGUGGAGGUGGUGCCGAUGGUGGUGGCUGUGAUGGUGAUAGUGAUGGACGUCGUUGUUUUGCCACAAUCCGGAAGUGUCCCGCGCGAAAACUCGAACUGUCCCUCUGUUUGCACGGUUCGACGCGUGGAACCACGUGCCUCGACCGGAAGUGCCAGUUCGAAGGAACGAAACAGACCGUUCUGUGACCUACGACAACCUGCUACGUGUGCCUCGCUCUGACUCCAGUGCAAUCUCGUCGUGACAGCUCCGUUCGCCUAUCCAGUCACCACGAUGGUUUCGAAUAGUGAUCGACGCGAGAAAGAUUAGCCCGGCUAACUCCUCUAGAACGUGUUGGUUGAACGUGGCGCUAGUUGCAAUUUCUAGAAUUAUCAGUGUCAGACAUUGCCCUCCGAUGCAGCGUAUAGCUGAAUCGACUUAGAGUUUCUUUGUUGUCGGACCGUUCAUCCACAAAUCGAACGGAACGGAUCGCUACUACCGACUUGCACUCUGUCGUUGUCGACGUUUAUCGCGAGACGAUCGUCACCGUGUAUUUUGGACGAACGUGCGAAGGAGCGAGCAAGCAAGAACUAGAGGACGAAUUUCAAAUUGGAUGCUUCGUGACCCGGGGAUAUGCGCGGCACGAGAAAUCGACUAGGAUCACUGGAAAGCUUCUAGCAGGGAAACGAUCGCUAUUCGCGCUGUUCAGGAGAAAGUGCACGGGCUCUCGAACCGGAAGUGCCAUCGAGCAAGAAUAUUCAGCACCAUCGUUCUGUCCCUUUCUCUCUCUUCUGUGUUCUAUGCACGCCAUCUCUCUGUUCCUCGUUUCCCGGUGUGAAAUAUUCGCAUCGAUGAUUUCACGAAUUUCGAACGUGAACACGCGUGUGCUUCUCUCUCGUGCUCCGUUGGAAGAAAUUUUCGAAGGAAAGUGUUCCUUCUCACUAUUACCAGUAAUCGUCGCGAAAAGGAUGCCUACAGCACGCGAGUGGCGCCGAAACGAUUAACGAAACUUUAACGACUGAUGAACCUCUUCCUCGUUUGUCUGAUCUCGAAAACACUGCCAAUUGCGACUAAUCGUCGCCAGAUCGGCGAUUACUUACACCUUACCCUACUGCCUGUGAUUUUAUUUGUUCUCCCUUUUUUCACUCUCCAUCUCUUUCUUAAUCUACUGCUGUCGUCACGGCCAAAGUCACCGUACAUCCUCUCGUCCGUGUGUGCCAAUCCGCGGAGCAUGCGCCGAUCAAAGGAGCCCGCAACAGCCGUUUGAAAGGCGCGACCCUUGAAGACUGGUGGAAAGGAUCGCACGAGCGCCAAUCGAUCGACUUCGUUUUCAUUCUGAACACUGCCAUCACUCUCGAGAGUGUCGAGACCUUUACAAUCGGCCGCUCGAUCGGGAGUCGCACACUGCCAGUAACCCGGAGGAAAAUCCGCCGAUCACGUGACGAGGUCAGCCAAAAUUGGAAGAGCCACCGCUCUUCGUACAUUACUCUAACGAUUCGAUAUUGCAACUUGAAACUGCCUGAUCGAUAAUAUCAUUUUCGGUAAACGCGGGAAACAAGCACGUUUAUAAAUCCAUGCCCGCAGCCCCAACACGACAACGACGUUUCUUUAAUCGCCGAUUUUUAUCGUCCCUUUAUCCAACGUCGAAUUUACGUCUGUUUCGUGUAUACGCUCGUUGUCAAUUAGAAACGCGUUCUCGUCGAAUCAUCGUCGUCCACGUUCCACGGAGUAACGCAACGAGUCGUGGCCCCAUAGUCACGCGUUGAUCAAUCGUUUUCUGCGAAAUCCACGCGCUACUUUACCGAUCUUCGCGUAUAGAUAGAACACGCGCCAUUUAAUUAAGAAAAUAUUACGGCUUCCUACAGAAACUGAGCCGUGUAAUGGUCAUAGAGAGAUAGAAAAAAAAGCGUAAGUCGUUAUGCAACUGCUGCAUGUCUGCCAUUUUGGUCCACACACACGUAUGCGUAAGUGGUUGCACGCGCGCGAAUGAGAUGCUAGUGAUGCUGUUUCGCGCGUCUCCGUGCAAAACUGACGUAUGAAUGGUGAUGCGGCUCGCGUAGCGUGCAACGCGAUAAGAACGAGUCUGUUUGAUAAUGUUGUUGCAACAGAACAGGGCUACCGCCAGUCCCGAAUAAACUCGGCCCGUGCUUACACGUAAAUACUACACGCGCGGCGCUACUUCCAAAGUUUACAUCUCGCGCACAACCCAAGGUGCAACGAACCCUAGGGGAAUUUCGUGUAGUAGUCAUCGACCAACGACACGGUGGACCCUGAUCAGCUAUUUUCGAAAAUGCAUACCACGGAACGAAGAAUGGCUCGUCGAGUAUGAAACGAAUCGAAUGAGAGAACAGGCUCGAGAACCUUUUUUCUAACCACCUACGGUCUGUCAAAGAGAAAUUGCGGGAAAGGAAUUACAUUGGACUCGUUGUGUAUGAGGCUCGAUUAAAAUAAUUGAUAUCUAAAUAUCAAAGCCUCGUUACAGAGAAGAAAAUAUCAUCUUUUUUUUCUUUUGGCGGUUUAGCGUUACGAAUUACCUGCAUUUAGUGCAUUUCACGAAGAACGUGUUCAGGCCCAGAUCCUUUGGAUUACCAAACUGCCGCGAAUGAUUCCAUAUCUCGACGAUAAACUCUAUUGAUUUUCAACGAUUCGCUUAUUGAGCAAUAACGAUGCUCGAAAAUCGAUUGUCUAUAGAGCAUCUAAAAUCCAUCAACGUCCGUUAUUUUCGAGCUCUGCAUACCACGUUCGAUCUAUGAGACUAUCGCUGUUUUAUUAUUUCCAUACAUGUUCAUAUCUUUUUUACACGAUCAUGCGCGCUGGACAUAUAGAUUGACGUUGUAUUCAAACCGAUCGUAUCACGUCGAAAUACUUAAUCAAACCGGGACUGAAAGGAAAGUAACGUGACGAAAACUCGAAGAAAAGACUACAACGUUGUCCACGUUGGUUGUAUCGAAGGUACAAAAAGGAUUUUGCGUGACAAACGAAGAAAUAAAUGGAUCAACGCAGCGUUGCUGGUUAAACGUCAUUGGUCAGGACGCGGAGGAACCGGAAAAGCAGGAAUGUAAAACUAAGCGUUUUCUGUUAGGACAAAGGAUAACCCAGUUUCGUGGGCAAGCUCGCACGUGCAAAUGGGUCGUGAGUCUUUGCUCUAUCGCUGUUUUGGACACUGCGAGGCUUAGAUAUAUAUACUUAAAAACCAAUCGACGUUGAAACCGAUUGGUUUGCUCGAGAUUUCUGUUCAACUUGCUACCCUGCCACUUUGUACCGAAUCGUCCACACGGUCACUAUCUUGACAGUUGAUAGUAAAUAAAUUUGGAUCGACUCAUACAUGGACCUGAUGUUCGCCGACAACUUGAUCGGUAAUCAUUGCCGGAGCAUCGAUAUAGUUUGACGCCGUCGAACUUUCGUCCUCGUGCGACUCGAUGGAUCGAAUUCUAUCGCAGGAGACGAACGAAUGAGGAACAAGCGCACGUGCAAAUACUUGAGAAAACGGACGAAACAUGAGAAACACAUUGUUCAUCGUGCAAAACGAAUUUUUGGCUAGAGAAAGGUGCGAAUAACAUUGGUGAACCGUGUAUACGUGUAUGUGUGGCUUUGUGUGGAUAUAUAUACAAAAGUACGUAGAUACACGUGAGUGGAAGUGCGCGCGCGCAAACAGUUGGUGUAUAAACGCUAACGUAAUACGACGUAUCUUUCCUCCAUACCUGAUCGACAAUCUACAUCGUCGGUAGGUCGAUGAUCUUUUGUAAUACCGUCCCGACGCGACGGUAUCGUCGGCAGGGAUUUCGACAAGACUUCGCCUCUGCCAGCAUUUUUCGUGUUUUGGAUGUUUUAAACGGAAAAAAUGAAUUAUGACCCUUACGAGCAGCCCGUGUGAGCUAGACAACAUGAGCUUGUUUCAAGACCUCAAGUUGAAAAGGAGGAAGGUCGACUCCCGAUGUAGUAGCGACGACUCCCCGGUAUCCCUUGGAUCAGCAGGCUCGCCGCUCGGGAUCCAGCCGGCGGACGCUCCUUCACCCAUAAACUUUCCUGCUCCAGGGGAGAGCAUGGCAGACACCUCGACCCUGUCGCCGGAGGCUAACAUGCCGAGCUCGCCGGGCUGCCCCGUGGUCAAAGUCAAAAGCGAGUAUCUGCUAGGCAUCCCGAGUCCGGGGACACCGCGAGAUCCUCUUCGUGGAAGCGGGGCGGCAACUGGCUUGGAAGCUCGUGAUACAACCUGUUCGGACCGUGCGUCACCCGAUUCAGUCUUCCCUGAUGCCACUUCGAUGGUGGGCUACAGAGUCGUCGAGGAACAGCAGCAACAGCAGCAGCACUAUCACCAGCAACAGCAGCAACAACAGCAACAACAACAACAACAGCAUCAACAACAACGUUCCGGUACACCCGUACCAACCAGGUUGUCGCCUUAUUCGCCGAUGCAAGCGGUCUCCACGACUCCCAUGCCUCAAGAAGCGACUUCAAGGAGCGACAGCCCCGACAAGGGUGACUUAUCGUCGGCGCAGACCAAGGAGGAGUCCGAUAACUCGGUUUUUGACGGAGGAGGUGGCGGUGGUAGCGGCGGUGGUGGUCGUUCGGAGACUUCCAGUCAACCUAGUCACCGGAGCAGCCCGUCUUCUCAAUACAGCCCUAGCCAGAGUAUGAGUCCUAGCGCGAGCGCGACACACGCUACUCAACAACAGCAACCGCAAACACAGCCAACACCGCUGAGACCCCGAGUGCCCUCGGUGCCACCUCACCUUCUAGCUCACCAUCAAUUUUGGUCACAAAACAACGGUAUACAGGGGUUCGCUACGCAAAGGCUAUUGAACGGGGUCAUCAGUAGCGCUGUUAACUAUGGACAGAACGCUGCAGUUGCAUCCACUAGUAGCAGUACAAGUUUGAGCAGCAGUACUGGGAGUAGCGGGAAUGGGGCAACUUCCACAAGCACGGGGGCAACUAGUACAGCUUCCUCGUGCGAAACGAUGAAACCACCGGCACAAAGGCCCACGCCAGCGCCCCCAAGACCACCUCCCACUGUGAUCAUGGGUGAAAUCGGUGGCGUUCGGACGAUGAUAUGGUCCGCGCCACCAUUGGACCCCGUACCACCGCCAGCGGCUUCGUGGACGGCAACGGCCGCGGCGGCAUCCUGUUCCUCCUCAGAAGAGUCGGCUGCCCAGCUACUUUUAAAUCUCGGACAGGAGUCCAGGGGCAAACCAUCCUCCGUUUCCUAUUCUUCCGGUCCACCACUCAAUAUGGAGAGGUUAUGGGCUGGCGAUAUGACACAAUUACCGGCCGCGCAACAGAUGCAAGCGCUCAACUUGACGGCUUCCGGGUCCGGUCAAACGUGGGAGAGAAACGGGGGAGUCGUCAAGUCCGAGACGGCAUCGCAGUCGAUAUCAGUCGCUCCACCUGCACCACCGAUGCCACCUCAAGAACACGAGGAAGACGAAACACCUAUGAUAUGUAUGAUUUGCGAGGACAAGGCUACUGGUUUGCACUACGGCAUCAUCACGUGUGAAGGGUGUAAGGGUUUCUUCAAAAGAACUGUGCAAAAUAGGCGAGUGUACACGUGCGUGGCAGAAGGUGGUUGCGAAAUUACGAAGGCCCAAAGAAACAGGUGUCAGUACUGUCGUUUCAAAAAGUGCAUUGAACAGGGUAUGGUCCUUCAGGCCGUUCGAGAAGAUCGAAUGCCUGGAGGAAGAAAUUCUGGUGCUGUAUAUAACCUUUACAAGGUGAAGUACAAAAAGCACAAGAAAAGUAACAAAACAAGUGGAGUGGGCGGAAGCAUGGGUGGCAUAAGUAGCGGCGGUAAUGUUGGCGGUGUUAACGGGUCGGGAUCCCUUGGUGGUAGCAAAAGCACCAUGGGUUCGACGAUGCUUGACAAACACAUGGCUGUAGCCGCAGUCGCUCACCAUAGCCAACAGCAACAUGUCCAGCUAGCUGGUGGUUUUCUUCAUCAUCACAAGAUUUCGUCGGGCGACCCGCUCAACUCGCAAUCUACCACCAGUCACUCAAGUCACCCCGCGCAUUCGGGACACCUUGUUAAUGGGACGAUCCUGAAGACAGCGCUCACCAACCCCUCCGAAGUGGUACACUUAAGGCAGAGGUUAGACAACACAGUAAGCAGUUCGAGGGAUCGGUCUUUUCCUUUCGAUGCAACCGUUGCUAUGAUCCAGUCUCUAAUAGAUUGCGACGAGUUCCAAGACAUUGCCACGUUAAGGAACUUGGACGAGCUACUGGACCAUAAAUCAAACUUAAGCGACAAGCUGUGUCAGAUAGGGGACAGCAUAGUGUACAAGUUGGUGCAGUGGACCAAAAGGUUACCGUUUUACCUUGAGCUACCGGUCGAAGUUCACACGACGUUGCUCACCCACAAGUGGCAUGAGAUCCUGGUGCUGACCACUUCCGCUUAUCAAGCGAUACAUGGUCAGCACAAGUUCUCCAACGUCGGAAGCGACGUGAUGGGAGCGGAUUUUAUGCAAGAAGUUUCAAACAAUAUGUAUACGUUGCAAACGUGCCUAACGAACAUGAUGGGCCGACCGAUAACCAUGGACCAAUUACAGCAAGACGUAGGGCUCAUGGUGGAAAAAAUUACAUACGUCACAUUAAUGUUCAGGAGGGUGAGAUUACGAAUGGAAGAAUACGUCUGCCUGAAAGUAAUCACCAUGCUCUCGCAAGCACGUGGAGGUACUAUGGAAUUAGAACAUCUACAAGAACGGUACAUGAGCUGUCUACGGAGUUUUGUCGAACACAGCGCGCCUCAACAGCCGAAUCGAUUUCAUGAUCUUCUCGUCAGAUUGCCCGAAGUACAAUCAGCGGCAGCUCUUCUACUUGAGAGUAAAAUGUUCUACGUUCCUUUCCUAUUGAACUCAACAAUUCAAAGAUAGUAAAUAAAAAACAAACUGACGAUAAACGAAGCUGAAUACCUAUAUACAUACUAUACAUAUAAAUAUAUACAUAUAUAUACACGCGAAAGAUUAUAUUGUAUGUAUAUAUGUAUAUAUAUGAAAAUAGAAUCGAACAAACAAACAAAAGCAAACGGGAGAGACUUAUAGGAAAAGGGAAAAGGGAAAGGCUUUGUUUGCGUGUGUAUAAUAAUUAUAUAAAAAAAGUAUAUAUAUAAAUAAUAUAAAUAAUAUAAAUCUGUGUGUUCGUUGCGUUGUACAAAACGAAGAAAGUCGAGAAGAGAACGAGGAACCUGCGAAAAGCGUGAUAAAACAGACAAAAGCGUUAGAAGGAAAAAAACAAGAAAGAACAAAAACUAUAGAAAAACGAGAAGAUUUGAAAAAAAAGAGACGCAAAGGAUACGGAGGAGGAGAGAGAGAGAGUGUGUUUUAGAUAAGAAAUAAAAAAGCAAAUUAAUGAAAGAAUAAAAUGAGUUCGAAAGAGAGCGAAAGAGCGGGAGAGAAAGAGAGGGAGAGUGAGGAAGCGCGCCACCUCGAGAUGGGAAAUCAAUCGAGGAGGGAACUGAACUUUUUUAUCGAAACUGAAAGACUAUAAUAAUAUAUUUCUGUACGCAGUACCGCGCAACUACGUCAUUGUGUGUUCACGUUGCAUAAUCCGAUCGAUAAUAAAACUCUCGUUACGUACGCUCACUGUAGGCCACCUACUACCACCUACUACUAUUGCUGCUACUACUACUGCUACUGUUACUAUUACUCUCCACCACUAUCAAACUAAAUAGCAGACUACCAUUAAAACGACCGAAAGAUCAAUCGACCGAUGUUGAUGAUAAUGGUGAUCAUAAUAAUAACGAUGAUGAUGAUGACGAUGAUAAUGGUGAUGAUGAUAAUCGACGACAAGUCACCAGCAACAGCACAAACGCAAAACAAUCGAUCAGUGAACGAAUCGAUCGCCGCGUAUCUAUGUAUCUUUACACGCGAGCAUAAUAAUUACAAUAUCACAGCCAAACGAGUACGCAUUCUCGAUAACAAAAUAACUCUAAACGCCUAUAAAUACUUAAAUACUCUCGUCUAUGUAUCCACGUGAUCCUACCCUUAAACUAAACGACGUUGCAGACGUAAGUGUGAUAUUUCAAUUAUCAUUCUAAUUAAGAGAAGAUACAGGAAACACGGCCGUCGUCAUUACUAGAAGGACUGGCUGAAUGGAUGUUUGUAAAAACGAUGACGAUUUUUUCGUAACUGUUGAAUCGAAAAACAGAAAAACUGAUGUUAUUUGCAUAAAGUGAUGCAGAGACCAAUUUGACGUCUACUCAAUGGUACCCUUCAAUUAUACGAAGGAAAAUAUUCCCGACGUUGAACACAUUUGGAUGGAAAUCUGGCUAGACUCUAGACUACAGACUUAUUGACUCGUAAAUCGUCCUCGUUGUUAUUGUCGUUCUUGUCGUCAUUCACCGCUCCGAAUCAUGGUCCAAGCGCGCAACACAGAAGACUAUAUUAUAUAUACAUAUAUACAUAUAUAUAUAUAUAUUCACAGUUUUGUUAAUUUACAUUUUAUCGUCAUCGACGUAAAUCUUUACGCGUGUAAUAUCGUGCAUCAUUCACCGGUCGAUUUUUUACUCGUCCUUCGAACGAUCCGAUCCUCCACUUUUCUCGGAUCACGAGAUCACGCGAUUCUAGAGCUUACGAAAAGAGGGAAGUGUCGCGUAGACGAAAUUCUUCUCACAAACGAGACGCUUCCGCGAGAUUCUCGACGACUUUUAAAUAAAGUUCGAUUCGAUGACUUGCAAAUAUUUUGCAAAAUUUUUGUAACGGAUGUUCUUCGAACUGAUACUGAUUUUCGAUACGUAAGACAAACUUUUUAAACGUUUUUUAUAUAGUUCUAAUGAAUUCGUAGCCUGCCGUAUAUCGAAGUGAUAUUUUUUCUAUUGAAAAUCCUUGCAAGGAUCUGAUCGUUCGAACCUGUGCGCGUGAGCGCGCGCGCUUCGUUUCUUGUUACCAAGCGUUCCCCAUUGAUUCGUGACAAAAGAUUGUUUUUUAUAAUUCCUCGUUAAAAUGACUGCGAUAAUUUCAUAGUAUUAUAUACAAGAAAGAAAAAGGAGAAAAAGAGAAGGUAAAAUGCAUAAACGAAUGGAAAAUGUGACUAGCAAAAGACUUGGUAUUUCUUUAUUACGAGGAAGCUUAUAUUCGUAGCGAACAAAAAAAGGUAAUAGAGUAAUAAAAGUUCGAGUAUACCUUUUUCUUCUCGCGUGAGCUUUUAUCGGAUUUAUGGAAAAUUGUUCCCCACUUUGGCAAAUGUAGAUAUACAUAUGCAUAUACAUAUGUAUAAUACAUAUUUAUGUGUCGCGGACACGUGUGAUAUUCGGUUUCCUUGUGACUCAGAAAUACCUGGUUCUUCAGAUUGGCUCAAUUAUUUAAGAUAGCAAAACCAGUUGUAGAAAAUGGAAAUAACGGUAGGAAACAAACCGGUGGCUGACGCCAGUCGAAACGUCUUGUUCGUGUCUUGGAAAAGAAAAAGAAAAAAUGAUGAAUAAUGCUCCUUGUAUACGCAUGUAAUGAUUAAUUAGCGCAUGUUCUAUCACAACGUGAUUGUUUCAUCUUGCCUCCAUAGAAGUUAUUGUAAACACGCGCUAAUUACCGCUACGCACACGAUCACGAGUACGAUGAAAUCGAAUUCCCCUUUCUUUGAUCCCGAAGGUCCGUUGUCGUGUCUUUGGAUGCCUUCGGUCGUGUUGCAUUUAUCUUCAUUCCCUGAUCCUUAAUUUUCUCUUCCUCUUAUUUUCCUAUACUACAAAUUACAAAGCGAAUAUUCUGCUCAAAGCAAAUUCCACCGAAGCUUUCGCGGGGAACUUUCUCUACUUUCGUCAACCUUGAUGCCUUUUCCACAUCUUGAGACAAUUUCGGCGGACUCGUGAUCGCGAGCGCAUGUACGAAAAAAAAAAUCAACACGAGAACUAUACACACAGACCUUGGGCCUACUAGCCUAGGGAUACUUGUCCAUACUAUAAGACUUAACUAAUGAUGGGAUACUUCAUACGGUAAACAAUGUAUAUUAUUUGCGGUUAAGGAACUGGGGGUAACGGUUCCUGUAUUCCCCGGACAUCAUCGUACACUUGUUCUGUGUUCAAUUGGACGGUCGAUAAGGUCGCAACCGCGAGUAAUAGAAAGAAAAAAAACAAGCAAGAUAGAAGAACGAAGAGAAAAAGAAAACAAGCUCGCUAAAUUACGUUAAGAGAAUAUUUGACAUGAUAUUGGCUAACGCGUGUUUCUUUUUUCUUUUACUUUUUCUUCGAAAACAUAAAUCCCUCGUAAUUUCCUCACGUUUACACGCGAAAAUUUACUUUGAAGUUACCGUUUAGUAUAGUGCAAUACGAAGAAAGGAAGCAAUCGUGUUAGCAUUUAGACCGAUACAUUUGUUCCUUUUGCUCUCUUUCUUUUGUCUCCUACCUUCGUAGACAUUUUUUACGCUCCUCGUUCCUUCCUCUUCCCUGCCCGUUCCCUCGAGUUGAUCCACCAAACCGCGACUGUUCACCCUUAUGUUCCUAUAACCCUGCCCAUCAACCAAUUCUGUUUCCUUUUUUUAUUCCCGUUAGCUAGUAAAGAUAAUGUACUUCCCGCGGAGAACUCUUUUCUUGUCGCCUCCUAUUUAUUGUUAGCAUGUACAUACAGCAUCGAAACAGAUGUUAAAGAACGGCGAGGAAAAAAGAACGCCGCGUUAAGAGAAAAACGCACCGAGUUGGACUGUCUAUUAUAUUACAUUAUAUAUAAGUAUAUAAAUAUAAAUAUAAGUAUAUAAAUAUAAAUAUAAGUAUAUAAAUAUAAAUAUAAAUAUAAAUAUAAAUAUAAAUAUAAAUAUAAAUUAUAAAUAUAAAUAUAAAUAUGAAUAUAAAUAUAAAUAUAAAUAUAAAUAUGUAUAUUGUAUAAAAAGAAAUGUGCACCGAUGUCUGGGAGUACAGCAGCUGCUUACGGGAGAGCUAUACGUUGGAUCAGCAAGACUUAGGGCAUUAUACUACCCGCGAGUAUUAUCAUGCCCAACCUUUAAUAUUUAAGUGCGAGUGAGAGUCUAUUGAGCAAAAGUAAAAGAAAAAAAGAUGAAAUUUAAAAAUAUAAAAAAUACAUAUGCCUCUCGUUUGUGGGUUUAACUUUGUACAUAUUGUACGAAAGGUUUAAUAAUAACUACGUUGAAAGUACUAGUCCUGUCUCUUUGUAUAAUUCCGUGUUAUACCUGCUCUUAUAUAGUGUCAAGCGGUGCAACAGCGUUUCUAAUCCUGUGCCAGCCGUACGAUUGAGCCUGAUUAAAAUUAUGCUAUGCAGGAUAUGUAUGCGACACCGAGUUUUGCCG